CUCGUUAUCGUCACCAUCGCCCAUACUUAUCGUCACCAAUCUCGACUAGAAUGCCGUUGUCGCGUCGUGGAAGUGGAACUUUUACCUUGCCCAGCGGGCAGACUCUCGCCCAGCACACAAGGACCCAGGAUGAGGAAGCCUUGCCCCAUGCCACUAAGAGGACAAUGGCCGACCAUCUGCGAAGAUUCGAGACGCUGUUUACUUUGACCCCCCAGCGAAUGCGGAUAAUCGUAGAAGCAUUCAAGGAUGCUCUGGAGACUGGAUUAGAGAAACAUGAUCAGGAAUUGCCUAUGAUCCCCACGUAUGUGUUCGGCUGGCCGUCUGGAAACGAGAGGGGAGAGUUUGUGGCUAUCGACCUUGGCGGCACCAAUCUCCGCGUUUGUCUUCUCAAUCUCCAGGGAGAUGGCAAAUUCGAAAUCACGCAAUCCAAAUAUCGACUUUCCGAAGAACAGAAACAAGACGACGGCCAGAAGCUCUUCGAUUUCUGUGCUGAAUCCCUGCAAACCUUCAUCGAGGGUAACUCGGGCGAGGAUGGGAUUUUGCAACUCGCACCGGGACAGAAGCUCCCCCUCGGAUUUACGUUCUCGUACCCAUGCAAGCAGGAGAAGAUCGACCAUGGUGUACUAAUGCGGUGGACGAAAGGCUUCGUGGCUCCCAACACCGAAGGCCACGAUGUUGCAGAGAUGUUCCGAAAGUCUCUGGAGAAAUAUAAUCUCCCAGUUGAACUCAAAGCGCUCAUCAACGACACCACCGGUACCCUCAUCGCCUCCCGCUACGUCAACCCGUCCACAAAGAUCGCAUGCAUCUUUGGAACGGGCUGUAACGCUGCGUACAUGGAACGUGUGAAGGACAUUGGCAAGAUCAAGUACCUUGGAAUCGACGACGAUGUUGAAAUGGUAAUCAACUGUGAAUGGGGAGCCUUCGAUUCACACAAUCAUGAACACCUGCCCCGAACCAAGUACGACAUAAGUAUAGACGAAUCGUCCAGCAAACCAGGCCAGCAGACGUUUGAGAAACUUAUUUCCGGUCGUUAUCUUGGCGAAAUAGUCCGCCUUAUCAUUUGUGAGCUGAUAGAUGAAGGCGUGUUGUUCCUUGGACAAAACACAUACAAGCUUGAAGUCCCUUGGGCGUUUGACACUGCCUUGCUUUCCCUUAUGGAAAGUGACCCAACCGACGAACUGCUGAUGAUCAUUGGUAUUUUCUCCCAUUUCUUCGCGCUUGAGACGACGCUCGCGGAGCGCCAGUUCCUGAGGGCGAUUGCACGUUUGGUCGGACGACGGGCCGCACGUUUGAGCGCCUGCGGAAUUGCCGCAAUCGUGAGCAAGAUGGGGUACCUAGACGAAGGCUGUUCUGUUGGCGCAGAUGGUUCGUUAUACAACAAAUAUCCUGGGUUCGCCGAGCGAAUUCACGAGGGCCUUGUCGAUAUCUUUGGCGAGAGAGGAAGGAACAUUGUCACUCACCAUGCAGAGGACGGAAGCGGAGUGGGAAGCGCUAUCAUCGCCGCCAUGACCAAGCAAAGAAAGGAUGCGGGAAUAUACCCCGAUCUCUAAUUUCAGGCCUCAUGUUCUUUGUACACUACAGAUUGUUGAAUUUACGGACAUUUCGAUGCGC